ACCCAGUGCCAAUGAUACCACACAACCGUGCAAGCAGUUAGUCGUCGCGCCCUUAAUAGAGAGGAUGAGGGUGUCAGCGCUCCUCCUCGCCAGCCUCUUCUGCUAUGGCCACGCUCUCAGAGGAUCGCCAGACAUCAGGAGUUUUCAUUUUGGACUUCCAGGAGCAUUAGUUGCGGAUGAACAAGAAGAAGUAGCAACAGCAUAUUUGUGUCCUGCAACGGGCAUGGAUCACUUCCCCAACGUGACUCGGUGCGACGGCUACUACCUGUGCCUUGAGGGCGUGGGCAGCCACCAGCUGUGUCCGGAGGGGAUGCUGUACAACUCCAACGCGCCCUCCAACACUUACCCCUGUGAGGACGCGGCCAAUGUGACCUGUGACCUCCCACCCAUAGUUUGUCCGCCGCCUGGACCCCCGGGCCCACCAGGCCCACAAGGCCCACCGGGCACAGGAGGGCAGCAGGAGCCGCCAGGACCGCCAUCGGUGUGUCCAAUGCCGCCAUCGGUGCGUCCAAUACCGCCAUUACCGCCGACUCUGAUGCCGCCGGCGCCGUCACCGCCGCCAGUCUGUCCCGACUCUUUCACGCGACACCUUCCUGCGCAUGGCAGUUGCAGCUCAUUCUACGAGUGUCGCGGGGGUGUGGCUGAGAGACAAGAGUGUCCCAGUGAUCUGCUCUACAAUGCCGCCAGUCCCCCCACUCGCUUUCCCUGCGACUACUUCUACAAUGUUGUGUGUGGCGUGUCGCUUGCACCUCCCAGUGGAUUCUUCUUCCAGCAGCAGCAGCAGAAGCAGCAGAAGCAGGGGGACCGUGAGCUGGACCAGCCCAAGAAGAUCUUCAACUUUUACACCUACGUGACGAACAAAUGGUAGCCAUCGUCGCCGCUGCCGUCGUCACUCCUCGAGGCUCCUGCUGGCGGACCCCGCAGUGUGCGGCAAGCAGCAUCAUCAAGGCCCUCCCCUUCUGCUUGUAUCUCUUCUCAUGGAAUAUUGCGUAUUUACAUACACGUCUACUUUGUACUAAUUUGAAAAGAAAGUAAAAAUUACUCAAACCUAACAUGAGUGACGCAGCACAUGUCUAGUGGCAAGGCCAGUGAUCCACGCAAGUUGCGGCCAGCAGUCGUUAUCCUUGGGUGCAUCACUGUUGUUGGACACUUGUUUUGAAGGACAACACUCAACUGUUGGUCUCUGCAGCACACAAUGUAUGGCUCUGCUAGCCUACUGUGAAGAAGUUCUGCAUAUGGUUGCAUAAAUCUCGUAAGUUUGGGUAAAACAUUUAAGCAAACAAAAAGUAAGUUGACAUUUUUUUAUCAUCAUAGAUUUUAUCAUAUAAAUAGUAAUGUUCACCAAAAAAUAGCACAGUAAUGA